UUCGUAUGUUACUGCUGUUUCUUUGUUUGAAUAAAGCAGCGUUUCUACAUCGAGGACGGUUGCAGGCCUUCACGCGUGCGCUGGAUACUCCGGUGAACGUGAAUCUAAACGCAGAUCAACGUGUAGAAGAGGUUCAAGCCGACUACUUUCUUUGCAUAAUUGGACUUCGCUUCCUGCUUGGAAAAAGGAGGUCAAUUUCACUUCUGGGUCGACGCAUCAGAAAUUCGUAUAGAUGGCCUUGAAAAGCGUGUCCCUCGUCGCGGGUCCGGAGCCGCUUGAGUCUCUGACCACCGAGCUACGAACGAAACUGCGCAGCGUGAGCUCGCACGUGAUGGACAUGCGCGCACAAAGACUAGACCACAUGUACCAGCGUGAGAGGAAGCGGCUGCAUUUGCCACCUGUCCUCGCAACAGCAGAACAAGGCGAUACUGGCUGGUCGAAGGCGCAGCUACGAUGCGGAAUCACGUCGCUCCCAGAAGUGCCAACCGGCCGAAGAGGACCGGGAGGUGUUAUGUCCAGCGCUGCGAUGCUCGGUAGAGGUGAACGUGAAGUGACCACGCGAGCUCGCUCCGUAACUGUCCGCGACAAAUCCAAGUACCUGCAGCAGGUGGGAUUUUAUCCGGCUGCCAAAACCAACAAGAAGCGACGGAAGCCGAGGUCCCUGUCGUCUCCCUUGAGCGAUGCGGCGUAUUCGAAAAGGGUUCAGGACAAGCUGCCACCUUUGGUGGGGACGGCAAGAGUCAAGUGGCACGCAGAGAAACGUACCGCUGUUUCUUGUGAAUGCUAUUUUUCGAACUGCAGUCCGAUUCUGAAAUAAAAGCGGGCGCUGCAAGCAGCUGUUUUGCUUCCUCUCCGUCUUUUUGCAUUUCUUUCAUUUUUUUUUAUCAGAAACAGUAGGAAAAAAUGGACGAGGAUCACGAUGGCACACGACAUAGACAUUCGAGGAGCCUAGGUGGUGAAGUGUCAUAAAAUGAAAUUUAAAUUGCAUUGCAGGGAGUGCAGCGAGUUCCACCACGACGUCGUGUACCACAAGUGCAGGCGUUUCUCCGACGGCUUCGGAAAGCAGUUCGUCGCUCGCUGUCGCGGAUCCGGAGGAGGACAUCCUGCAUUUUGUGCACACUGGGGACCAGACCGCCCUCUACCGAGUGCCCACAGCGCUGGAUCCAGUUUUACACGCGGAAAACUUUACCGCAGCGGCGGCAAGUUUUUUCCUGCGAGACGAGGAAUUCGAGCAAGCUCAGGCAUGCCUCGAAAGUGUACGGUAGUUGACAUUUAUUAUUUCAGCUGUGAGUGUCGUGUAUACUAGGUUUUGUUUUAUGUACGUUGUUGGUCUUUCUCCGACUGCUGUUCAACACAUCACAUGCUUUCGAGCUGUUUCUCCAUACUUCUACCACUUUCAGCACCACAGAUAAAUUUCUAAUUCCAAUGUACAUAAUGUCUCGCAAUUUGGAAGAUGCAAUGCUAAGUAACCAUGUUUCACCAUUCCUAUCUAUCAGGAUUUUGUUGAAGAUUCUUGUCGACGCCAUGUUGCCAUGCAGCACCGCGA